AUGGCUCUUUCACCCAUUCUUGGUUCUCUCAUUUUCAUUCUCAUACCGAUUUUUCUCGGGUCUGUUUUCGCCAUUUCGCAAAUCAAAACCGAUACGUUAAUUCCAGGGCAGCAGCUAAGAGAUUGGGAGCAGUUGACCUCCGCGGGUGACGUCUUCACUCUUGGAUUCUUUACACCCACAGAAUCAUCUACGUUCUUACUCGGUUCAGCUGGUCUUAGGUAUAUUGGUAUCUGGUCCCAAAGGGGUCCAAUAAAUCCAGUUUGGGUGGGUAACCCAACCGAAUCGGUUUCUGAUUCAUCCGGUUCUCUAUCCAUUGAUACCAAUGGGGUUCUCAAGAUCACACGAGCAAGUACUUCUCCAAUCAUGGUGAACCAAAAACCGGUCGGGCGUCUUUCCUUGGCCGGAAAUGUCUUUGCCACUUUGCUCGAUUCUGGGAACUUCGUGAUCCGAGAGAUCGGACCAGGAAGAGUCUCGGGUCGGGUUCUAUGGCAAAGCUUUGACCAUCCCACCAACGUAUUACUUCCAGGGAUGAAGAUUGGGUUUAAUCUAAAAACCAAGAAAGAAGUUGCAGUUACUUCUUGGAUAAGUAACCAAGUCCCAGCCUCAGGAGCAUUCAGGCUAGGACUAGACCCGUCAGGAGCCAACCAGCUAUUUGUCUGGCGCCAUGGUGAAAUCUACUGGUCCAGUGGAAUCUUAACGAACAACGGAAGCUCUCAGCUAACCUUACAGCUAUCCAGAAGCUACAUUGAUUAUGAAUUCAAGUUCGAUUCAGACAAGUACAUGAAGUACUUCAGUUACUCAAUCAAGAAAACUAAUGGUUCCGUCUUGUCUAGCUGGUCCUUGGAUACUCUAGGCGAAAUCACUGUAACCAACGUCCUAAGGAGCAACACAAGCAACACCUGGAUUUCUGAAAGCAGUGAACCCUGCAAGACGGAUUUAAAGAACAGUUCAGCGAUCUGCAUCACAGAGAAGCCAACGGCUUGUAGGAAAGGAUCAGAGUACUUCGAACCGAGAAGAGGAUACAUGACGGAUAAUGGUUAUUUUGAUAAUAGUUUGAGCUCUGGCCUUAGCGACUGCCAUGGAAGCUGCUGGAGAAACUGUUCUUGCAUAGCUUUCCAAAGCUUUUCUGAUGGACAAUGCCAAUAUUGGGGAAAAGGGUCAAAGUUUAACCCUUAUGAUAGCUUCUCCGGCUUCCAACAAAUAACUUAUGUUCUUGAUUCUGCAAAGUGA